AAGUUUUUGAGUCGUUUUGUCUUUCAGGGGGUUAGCAAGCUCAUUGCGUCAUUCACCAAAAUCAAUUUCUGUUAAGAAGUUACAACGCUGUCAAGGAUUUAUGAAAAACGACAAUGUAAUGUACCAGUUUGGUGAAUAUUAGUUGCAAACGUUUUGAGAGAAAGAUGGGCGUGAACUUGUGCAAUGGAUAUGCUGCCCCACAGGGUUCGUCUUCUUGGGAGAUCCAUCAGUUGUGUAAAAGUGCUAUAUGAAGAAAGAAAGAAAGAAAGAAGAGCGAAAGAGGGGAGCGAGCCCGCGUCAGGAGUGUGAGCACAAGAGGCGGCAGCACAGAGAACUGACUCCCUCUUCAGAACACUUUACAGAUUUUCAAUGGGAUUUAGAUCUGGAUCCUGCUGGCUGGGCCAUUUCAAAACCUUGAUCUUUGGUGAAGCCAUUUCUUUGCUGAUUGGAGAUGUGCUUGGUGUCAUUCUCAUGCUGAAGGUCUUCACCAUUCAUUCUACCUACCGGGAAGGCAUUGUUGAAUGCAACCAAUGACUUAACAGUGGCACUCAAAAACUUACCUUAUCUCACGCCUGAAGAAAGGAGAGUAAAACAUGAAUUGAGAGGGUGACUGGGAUUUUGUAUUAUGUUUUGGUGACAAUCUUGUGCCUCUUUGCUACAUUCUCUGCACAAGCAACACACCAUCAUGGUGAUGGGAGCCGGAAUGUCCGCAGCAGUCCAAACGGAAGCAUGCCGCAUCAUCAUCAUCAUCUUUGCAGGAAUGCCAACUAUACCAUCUCAAAUAGUUCCUGCUGUAAAGGUAAUAUAACUAAUGGGAUAAGUGAGCUGGUGUCUGAUUGCUGUGGUUCCGUAGCCUACAAUCCUUUAAAUCAGAUUUGUUGUGGUGACCGCAUUCUAACUCGAGAAAGUGCUCAAGCUAAGUGUUGUGGCUCAGAAAUGUACUUGCCAACAACGCAUAAGUGUUGUUCUGGAGAAAACAUUACACCUAAAGGUGAGAACUGUACCACUGACUCCAAUGGAAAGGAAACCAACAAUCACACUAAAGAUGCUAAAGGAGUGGCGCAAACACAAGUGACGAUGUUUUGCUCGGGGAAAGAAUAUAGGGUAUCACCACUUUAUAAGUGCUGCGGUGAAAAAAUCUACAGCUUGUCUGAUGACACGGUGCUCUGCUGUAAUGGGACUCUUUAUCAUCAUGUGCCUAAAAACUCUGAGUGUGUAGGAGGAUUAAUAUACGCUCAAAACCAGAUAAAGAUGACUUGUGGCUCAAAAGUCUAUGACCACGAGUCCUUCAGGUGUUGUUCAGGUCAUCUCUACAACAUAACCCAAGUUGCUGGCAAAGCAGAGUGCUGCGGAAACCUCUUGCUAAAAUAUGAGAAUCAAACUUGCUGUUCCUCCACACGCCAUCCAUUGGUAUAUGAAACCAAAGAAAAUCACCUUUGCUGUGGGCAUUACUAUUACAACAAAUCCCUGUGGAGCUGCUGUGGUGGACAUCUCAAACCAACACCAAAGACUGACAACUCUACUGGCGAGUACCCGCUUAAGCCGCUAACUGACCUGAUCCCAGACAUGUGCAAUAAAACAGUCUUUGGAAGGGUGGAAAGUGUUGCACUUGUCCAGAACCAGCGUUACGUCAUCUUUAGAGUUGUUGAGGAUGUAAGCCUCAGUCAUUGUGAACGUUUGGUUCACGUGACUCUGGAUCAUUGUGCCACUCCAGCUCUUGAGGAAGGCAUGACCUACCUGUGGGAAAAAGAAGACUCCAAUAAGUUUAAACCUAUUUCUCUCCCUGUUAAUCCAACCUAUGACAAUCACAUGUUCGUAACCGCAUGUGAGAUGAUCAAAACGAGGAAGAGAAACUUUUGUGAGGUCUGUUUGGGUCAUUUCCAUGCAAAUUCAUGCAUUAUAUAAUUUAGAAAAUAAUAUGAGAGCUCAGAUGCAAAAUCCACAAAACCGACCUUUGUCAAAAAAGAGAUAAUAUUUAGAUCUAAUGUAUUAUAUGUUCAUCAAAUACUUUUGCUUCAAAUUGGCCUUUGGAGCCAUUCAGAAAUACAGUUUUUUUGGCAGAAUUUGUUCAAUGCAACAAUGAUUUCUCAGCAGUCAAUGGGUGCUUUCACACCUGCCUCAUUUAGUUCGGCUGAAUCGUACCAGAGUUCGAGAAUACAGCAAUCGAACUCUGGUGCGCACCAAAAAUGGACCAAACAAGGGGACCAAAACCUCCUUGGAGAGAUGGUCUCCGUAUGCUUUCAAACGAACUCUGGAGCGGUUUGUUUGUGGUGAGAACACGAUCUGAGAUGGAAACUACCUACCUGCAAAAGUACUGCGCAUUUUUGCACUAAACCCGCUGCUGUAGUCAGCUGCGCAGUGCAUUAUGGGAUGAGGAAGUGUUCGUUUACGGUUUCUAUUAGCAAUAUUAGCACAAUGACGGGUCGCGGACAUACCUGGGGUCUCAUUUAUAAAGCGUGUGUAUGCACAAAACAAGGCUGGAAACGUGGGUACGCCAGUUUCCACACAAAGGUUGUGAUCUAUAAAAAACAAACUUGAUGGGAGAAUGGGCUUGCAGGUUGGGAUCUGAGGAUGAUUCAUGUACGUACACUUGCAGGUGAUCUGUGAUUUAUAAAGGGAACAUUGCUUUGUUUGAUAAGUCUUAAUAUUUUUGGACGUAUGCCAUUUUUGGCUUUUGUGCGUACAUAGACUUUUAGUAAGGAUCCUACGCGCAGUUUUAUAAAUGAGACCCCUGGAGUUGUGAGGAGGUGUGGGCGGAGCCUCAGAACUUCAGUGUGUUCACAGUUUGUAGUGCAUUAAAACGUGUUCAAGCCGCAUACGCGCUUUAUUUUGGAAUGAACAGUUUGUCUAAAGUGCUGUGUACAAAAUAUGUAUAACAACCACGGACAUAAUUACUGCGCUCAGUCGUCUGUCCAUGGUGUCUGCUGUAUUUUUCUCCUUUUUGUUUACUUCCGGGGUUCCGUUGGAAUUUCGCGCACUUUGAUUCUGACCAAUCGAGACUGGUCAUCUGACUAAUGAAUGAUGUGGAUCUUAUCACAUGACCGAAUUUUGGUUGCGUUUCAACUGGCGGGACCAGAGCAAUCAGUGUUGUGUGAAAAGGAACCAAAACUGCUAAAAAAGCUACAAUGUAUCAUUUUUUGCUUUUGGUCCAGACCAAGAAUCGAACUACGGAUGUGAAAACCCCCAAUGAUUCAUUAGUCCCCUAAAGUGCACCGAAGAGGAAUUUAAUGAA